CUGCGUGACAGUCAACCUGAGAGAGAUGGCCAGACAACAUGUUGUCAAAACCCAGGAAGGCUGCACAGCCACAGCCGACGCAACCACCUCCUUUAUAUUCACUGCCUGGAAAUCAUAUGGGUUAGGAGUGAACAGCUGUGUAGCCGUAAGGAAACCUGUAAUCAGUGAGGCUAACUGGAAAAAGGCGUCAGUUUAUUAGGAGCAUAAAAACUGGACUCUGGAAGAAAGUCACGUGGUCUGAUGAGUCCAGAUUGACCCUUUUCCAGAGUGAUGGAGCAUCAGGGCCCAACACUUGUUGUGGAUGGCAUGGCCUGUCUGCGCCACUGGUACUCAUGCAAGGACUGGGCAUGUGGGGGGCAGUGGAAGGAAUAUAUGGAUACCCUGAAGACCUGGGUCGAGUCAUUUACCUCUGCAGGCAUCAGGCUGGUGUUUUUCUUUGAUGGUGUAGUGGAAGAGAAGAAGAGGCAAGAGUGGGUGAGUAGGAGACGCAGAGUGAAUGGAGAAGUAAAGAAAGUAUUUUGCCACAUUAAACAUCACGGAGAGCAGCCGGGCAGGGAGCUCUUUUGUCUGCCUUCUGGUCUGGCAACAUUCACACCCUUUGCUCUCAGGUCAUUGGGUCUUGAAGUGUAUUGCUCAGUGCGGGAAGCAGACUAUGAGAUUGCCAGCUACACUCGUCAGCACGGCUGCAUGGGCAUUCUGGGGCAGGACUCAGACUUCCUCAUAUAUGACAGUGCCCCCUACUUGUCUGUGGCAAAGCUGCGGAUAAACAACCUCACCACAGUCAUGUACGACCGGCAAAGGCUCUGUCAAACCAUUGGACUGACAAUUACCCAGCUACCGCUCCUGGCCUGUCUCCUAGGUAACGAUGUGGUGUCCGAGGGCCUUAUGCAGAACAUCAGGAACAAUGCUCUAACAACGUACAGGAGAAACAACCCUACGCCUCACUCUGGUGCUCCCCAGGGGCAGGUGGUGCUCGCUCUAUCCCAGCUUGUGAGCUCUUCGUGCGUCCGAGAGAAUGAAGAAACUGGACUUGUUCCACAGUCACUGAAUUUGUCUGCACAUCAGAGAGAGCUCCUGAAAAGGGGAGUUUGCUCCUACCUUUUACCUGGACAGAAAGCUCACGAGCUGGAUGACACAUCUGCACCUCCCUCAGCCUUUGAAAAACACAUCAGUCCAAAUAUAUUAGAGGCAUGUAGAGAGAAGCAUGUCGCAGCAGAGGGUUUCAUGGUUUACACUGUUGUGUGUGUGGGGGUCACUGAAUGUAGCAACACUCUGGAGGAUGAGGAAGACCGUGAGUUGCUACCUCAGGCUCUCGUCUAUAAGCCCUGUAGACAACGCAUCUACGGUCUGCUGCUUCUGCUCGGGCAGGAUGGCAGCGAUGUGGACCUUCCAGCAAUCAGGGAAUGGUUUGUCUUCCCUGGAAACCCUCUGAAGGAACCUGACAUCGUCCACCCUGUUCCAGUCACCCUUCCAUGUGAUCGACCCAGUCUGGACCUGUUGUGGUUCAGCACUGGUCCGGAGGUGUCUGGUCUGCGCCUGACGGCCUUCCUUUCUGUUUUUGACUGCCUUGAGCUCUCUGAGUUAUACGGAGCAAUUGAAGACUCUCUCCUGGCGGCUGUCUGUCUGGUCACGUACAUAGUCCUACAGGUACAGACCUUGUCUCUGGAGGAUGUGGAUGCUUACCUGAGUCAGGCUGUGUGUCUGAGGCUGAAAUCUCCUCAGGAGCUCCGGCACAUUGAGCUGCCGUUCCUCUCCAGUCGUGGGGUGCAGCUGGGAUCUCUCUACGUCCGAGGGCUGAGCCACCUCCUGGGUGCUAACGGUGCCAGCGGCUGCCCGCUGGCCAACGCUGCCCUGAUGCCUUGGCACAGCUUCGAUGGACGGUUGUUCCAGUCAAAGUACCUGCUGGCACACAGCGGCGCAGAGAAAGCUGAGCUGCUGGGCAGCGAUUCGUCCUGCUUGUGUCUGUUCCUGCAGCUGAGGGAUAAACUUCUAGAGAUCUGCAGAAAGAGAGGCAGAGACCUGCAGUCCAGACCCAACGCACCACAGCCACCUUUUAAAAACCCACCAGCAGCCAAGUACAGAGGCAGACACACAGGGGGGUCUCCAGGCGGCGGUGAGGCCUGGAGGGGAAGAGGAGAGACAACAUGGAGGAGAGGACAUCAGCACGGACGAGGAUGGAGGGACAGAGGGGACGACAGGAGAGACCAAGGUGAAUAUGAAGAUGGAGGGAGACAGUGGGGGAGAGGAGAACACAGAGGAAGAGGUCAACAUUUUCAUCCAUCUCACCCUAACUCACGUGACGGAGGACCACAGAGCAUGAGCCAGUCCAGAGGUCGAUGGUACAACAGAGGGAGAUGCCAUCAGACUCCAGGAUAGAACCACUGACAGAAAAACAUCUGGAGACGUUCUUCGAUGGCCACAACCUCCUGCUGCAGGAGCAUAACUCGACCUGGACAGUGAGGAGAGGAGUUGAGGAUUAGAUGGUAGGACUUAGGCAGCUAAGAGGAUGGGAAUGACCCAGAGAUGAAAGGAGAGAAGGAAUCAGAUUUCUCUGAACAAACUGAUUAGUGAGUGACCCGUCAGGAAUGUUUGCCCAAAGGAUGGAGCAGAUAGAGAAAUGAGGAUUAAGAGGAGGCAGAGUGAAGAGUUUAGCAACACGUCAUUAGAUUUGAGUUGAGCCUCAAUUUGUCUGUCCUCACAUCUCAAAAUAAUCCAGUGGUGAUACUUUUGAAGUCAGCCGGCAGCCUCUGCUUUAUCUCGGGACAGUUUACCUCUUUCACUGAGACAGAAAAUGAACAGUAUGAAGGAGAAGUCAUCAAAUAAACACAAAGUGAGCCACUACGCACUUCAGCUGAGAAGUGGAUUAAAGGUUAAUCCUGAAACCUG